AUGCCACUAGGAAGUGACCAUCCAAAGAGCUCGGAGGACCCCCUGGCUCAGACGGAGGAGAAAGUAUCACAACUGGGGGAAAGAGAAACUGAUAUCGAGCAUGAAUCAUUGAGGGUCAGAAAUCAACAUGCCCAGACUUCUGAUUCCCAGUAUACCGUCUUUUCCACAGGAGAAAAGCGACUGAUCGUUUUCCUGGUGUCUUUGGGCGGGGUUUUCUCAGCAUUCACGGCGUUUGUCUAUUUCCCGGCUCUUCCUUCAAUUGCCGAUACAAUCUCCGUUUCAAUGGAGCUUAUGAAUAUUACCGUUACUGCGUAUCUCGUCGUACAAGGUGUCAUACCUGCGAUCCUUGACGAGAUAUCGGACACACAGGGUCGACGAAUUGUGUAUCUUGCGGUCUUUACAAUAUACUGCGUCGCCAGCAUUGGUCUUGCUUACCAGAACUCAUAUGGCGCCCUUCUGGUGCUUCGAAUGAUUCAAAGCGCAGGCGCCUCGGGGACUGUUGCAUUGGCAUACGGAGUCAUUGCAGAUAUUGCUCCACCCCACGAGCGUGGAGGCUAUGUUGGGACCGCACAUGUGGGUUGGUAUGCGGCUCCUAGUCUUGGUCCUGUUAUCGGAGGCAUCCUGGCAGAAUAUGCUGGAUGGAGGUGGAUAUUUCGAUUUCUUGCAAUACUGUCAGGUCUGGUUCUGGGACUAGUUACCUUCCUUCUGCCAGAAACCAGUCGGAAGGUUGUUGGUAAUGGAAGUCUCCGUCCCUUGGGAAUUGGUCAGUCGCUUCUCACACUUCGCAAACGACGAAAGACAUCAAAUCUGUUCCAAGAACCAGCGAAUAAGGGCAGAUUAGCAGUCCCAAACCCUCUUCGCUGCUUAAAAAUGAUACUGCACAAGAACACCUCGCUGCUACUUCUUGCCAAUGCCAUCUUUUAUCUUCAAUACUCUUGUGUGCAGGCAUCUCUCGCACCCUUGCUGCAGGACUUAUAUGGACUGUCAACUCUGCAGUCAGGCUUGUGCUACUUGACAUACGGAGUGCCUGGAAGCGUUGCGUCCUACAUUGUUGGACGGAUUGCAAACUACGAUUAUAGGGUAACAGCCAAGGCCCACAAGAUUUUCAUCGACACCAAGAGGGGGGAUGAUAUCCUAGAAUUUCCAAUCGAGAAAGCAAGACUCCGAACGAUUUGGGUCUACAUCAUCCUUGCAUCUGGGGCCACAAUCGGAUAUGGAUGGGCGUUAGACACGACCACACACCUUGCUGUGCCACUCAUAACUCAAGUAAUAACUGGUGUGACAGUCACAGGAAUCUUCAACGCCACAAAUACACUAAUAGUCGAUCUCUAUGCCAAUGAAGCAAUGACUGCGAGCGCGGCAGUGAGCAUUACGAGAUGCCUUGUAGCCGCUGGUGGAGUCUCUGUUCUCCAGCCACUUUUCAAGUCUAUCGGCGUGGGAUGGACAUUCACAAUGAUCGGCAUCAUGUGCUAUUCAACUAUCCCGAUGCUAUGGGUUCUUCAUCACUGGGGCUGGGAAUGGAGGCGGCAAAAGACUCAAGGAAUAGUCGCCACUCCUUUGGGAUAG